UCCGGUUGGGGUUUAGCAGUUGGGGGCCCGAGCUGUGUCAGUGCGGGAGACAGGAACAUCUCAUCCCGGGAGGAGGGGGCUCUGUGUGCGUCCUUGGGGCCCGUCACGUCUGGGUGUGACUGGGGGAGGGUCCUGUCCCUGCUCCAUGUAUAAGGGGGUCACCUACUUACCUACACCUGCCCCAUAGGUUAUUAUUUACAGCACUGGCGGGGUUAUUCUGCAUCAUCAGUGCUGGGGUGCUAUGGGAACAUUAAUCCCUAUUAAUAUAGGAAUAUACAGCCAGGGGUAAUUAGUCACCUUGUCUUACAGGGUAUUGGGCAGCACCUGAGCCGCUGUACACUGGAUUUAGGGGGAUAUUUGCUGUAAUAUUGUUAUUUCUGUGACCGCCCUGCCGGUGUGGAUAGACGGGCCACCUUGGGUGGACUGGAAGCAGAGAGCGAGGGGUUAAUGUGGUAUAUUAGUGGACUGUUCCACACAGACGCAUGCAGUAGUGCGAUGUGGGGUGGUCUCGUGGUUGUCAGAUUAUAGGGGCGGUGGUAUUUUAUGUAUGUGUGUGGUUUAUGACAUUAUCUAGGACUUAAGUAGCUGUAGACAGUAUUCCUGUGGAAGAGCCAAGUUUUUUUUUGGACAAGCUGAGAGAGCUUUAUAUAUACAUGUAACUGGGUCCCCUCUAGGCAUAGGGGUCCCACACCGACAGUUAAAUUGGGGGUGGCACCGAGCGUCCCGAGGUUUGGAGGGGUGACGUCCGGAGCCCCCGGCAUGAAAGGGAAGGAAGAGAGUGGAAGCGGCGGUGGGCGCCCCUCCGGUGUCAGUGGGGGCCAAGGCGGGAUUGGCGGGAGCCCGGAGAAAAGCGUCAGCGCCCAGGAGUUGAAGGAGCAGGGCAACCGGCUCUUUGUGGCUCGUAAAUACUUAGAGGCUGUUUCCUGCUACAGCAAAGCCAUUACGCGGAACCCCUCCAUUGCUGUGUAUUACACUAACCGGGCCCUGUGUUACCUGAAGAUGCAGCAGCUGGACAAGGCUUUGGCAGACUGCAAGCACUCUCUGGAGCUGGACUGCCAGUCAGUGAAAGCCCACUUCUUUCUGGGGCAGUGCCAGAUGGAAAUGGAGAACUAUGAUGAAGCCAUCGCCAAUCUGCAGAGAGCGUACAACCUGGCGAAGGAGCAGAGGCUAAACUUUGGGGACGACAUCCCAAGCGCCCUACGGAUCGCCAAGAAGAAACGAUGGAACAACAUAGAGGAGAGGAGGAUUAACCAGGAGAACGAGCUGCACGCCUAUCUCACCAAGCUCAUCCUAGCGGAGAAAGAGAGAGAGCUUGAAGAGACAAAGAGGAAGCAUGAGGAGGAGAACGUGGAGGAGAACCGGAGCCGGGCCCAGUUGUCCUGUACGGCUACCAAGCAUGACAAGUAUCUGGCAGAGAUGGACGAGCUCUUCUCCCAAGUAGACGAAAAGCGCAAGAAACGUGACAUCCCAGACUACCUGUGUGGAAAGAUCAGCUUUGAGCUCAUGAGAGAGCCCUGUAUAACUCCCAGCGGGAUCACCUACGACAGGAAGGACAUAGAGGAACACCUGCAGAGAGUUGGACAUUUUGACCCUGUGACUCGGAGUCCAUUGACUCAAGAUCAGCUGAUCCCGAACCUGGCCAUGAAAGAGGUCAUCGAUGCCUUCAUAUCUGAGAAUGGCUGGGUGGAGGAAUACUAAAAAGACGGAGGAUUCACAGGUCUGACGUCACAUUCCAGCGUCGGAUGGCUCCUCCAACUGCGUCACGUAAUGUGCCUGUCCUGCCUCAUGCCUUACUCAUCUCACCCGUGUGUAAUGAAUAUAUUCUACUGUCUGACCCGACGUGGCAGUCAGAGACGACUCUGCUCUAGAGAACCAGGAAGCAGAGUUCUUUCUGUCCCGUUUCUAGGAUGGUCCGAGUACAAAAGCUCCAGAUCUGAUGCUUUUGCCUGGUCUCUUAUCACCAAGCUGUGAUUUGUGGCAGAAGGCUUUUAUGUUUCAGGUCUACACAGCAGGAUGACCACUACUUGUUGAUCCUGAAGGUCAAAUAUAACUUUAAUAUAUAAAGAACGGUAAAUCCCAGCACAGACGCCUGCUGCUCCCAGUCCCAUAAUUCAUAGCACUUCUUGGGGAAUAUGGAGACCUUGAACGUUCCCCCUCACAAAUUACACAGGCAACUUAUCUGAACAUCUUAGGGAGUAGAGUCCUUCUGCCUUUCUCUCAAGAUGCACAGACCGGGACACCACCUUCCCCGAGCAUGUUUGACGGAUCUCAUUUUCAGUGUUAUGCUUUGAAUAAACCUCAAGGUUUCUUAGUGGCUUCGUAGUGUGAUCUGUAUGUGAAUAUUCUACUACCUGGUGAAAAUGCACCACCAGCACAUGUUGCAGUAGAUACAUAUUUAUUGACCCCGGCUGUUGCAGGAACUGCGCUCCUCACAAUAGAACGACCCAGCAAAAUAUCCAACAGCGGAAUGCUUUUCCAGGUUAUCGCAACGUGGCAGCAACACUCUCAGAAACGCACUCUCCAGCCAUCGAUGGACCUCCUUCUGAGGGAACCACAAUUAUUGUAUUGCUGGCACUAUUGCGACCUUCCGUGUGGCCAAUCAGUGGACAAGCUGCAUGCCACCCUGUUUGGUUGCUGGGACAAAACCCGUUUUCGUCAUGGGUAAUCGCAACACCCAGUAACCUGCUGGGGAAUGUAGCAAAGACAAACGUACUCAUUGUUUCCCAACCAGCAAUUGCAAACGUCAUCUUUAACUUACUUGCACCUGUCAGUAUCAAAUAUCCCAACACGAGUUGGAUUUCUUGUGAACUUAUUAGCUUUCCCCACUGUACAUAUCUGAUGUAAAUAAGUUGGAGUCUCCUGUGGUCACUAAACUAUAUUCCCGUAGCAGUCUCCUUCAGGAAAUGCGGGAGCGUGUUAGCCUUCUGUGAAUGCACAGUGCGUACAUUAAAGAGGUUUUCUGUG